AUGGCUUCUCCAACUAUCCCUAUCGACCAAUUCCUGCAACCUCUCCACGUCGACGUAGAGGGCAUCUAUGAGCUGUCACAGCUCUUUCUCUCAAACUUCCAAGACCUUGCCGCGCACUCUGAAUCUCAAUUUCUGCCGACCCCAAUCUCGGAGUCUAUUCUACGCCCUGUCAGCAUUAGUAGCAAAGACGCAUAUGGAGGCACCAAUCUCCGGGUCGGCUUCGUGCAACGACUUGGUAAGCAGGCGCCAUCCGAGGGUGAGAAGGAAACGCCACCUCGAACCCGACGCCUCCUAGAGCAGCACUGGUCCAUAGACGAACACUUGAAGAAUGAUAACGCCGACAAACUCUUCGCCUGGAUCGGAAAGUGCAUCGCCACGGUGGUAGAGGAAGGCUGCUCUCAGCUCGAGGUACCAAGGGAGAAACCUCUCGACUUGGGCACGUCGCUUUCAGAAGCAAGACUGAUGGCGAUGGGCAAGGGUUUCGCUGUGUCAGCCAAUGUUGAUCUGGGCUCUCGUCUCCUUGAUGGCUACGACAACUCCAGGGGCGACCGACUUCCACCUAUGCGCAUAGCUGCCAUUGCGAACGACUCAGUCUCCACGCUGAGUGUCAAGAAACGUGCCAGCAUGGGGCUUAUUCUGGGUACCGGCUGCAAUGCAACAAUACCUCUCAAACUAAGUCAACUGAAACCAAGCAAGCGGCCGACCAAUCGCGUCGACGAUGUCAAGGUAGCGAUCAACACGGAAUGGAGCAUCAAUGGCUCCGUACCGCCGCUGAGGAAGAUGAAUCUCAUCAGCCGCUGGGACGAGGUGCCGAUGGAGUAUAUGACUGCCGGACGAUAUCUGGGCGAGCUUGGCCGGGUCGUCGUACAAGGCGUACCUGAGCAAGAUCUUCCAGAGCAGUUCUUCCUGAGCCACUUCAAACCCUUGGAGCCCAGGCAGCUGUUGCAGCAGCUUGAGAAGGCAUUCCCGACCGAUGCAGACACUCAUGGUAUCUCGUGGACUGAAGAGUUUGCGGUGCGCGCAGCUGGCAUUGUUGCUGCUGCCACCCUUCCGCAAGGUUCGUCGGAUGCUGCACCGAGUGGGAGCGAGCUCGGCGUUGGAUACACCGGAGGCUGCAUAACUCAUUUCCAAGAUUACCUGACGGACUGCCAGUCGAUAUUUGGAGACGGGCAGAGUCCAGCCAGGCGAGAGUGCGCAAGUCUGAGGAUACGGUUUCGUUCAGCUUCUAUUGAACCUGUGCAUGGGAAGAUCGCGACACUCGGGACGGGAGGGGCCUGUUCAUGUGAGCCAGGAGGACGAUCCGAUAUUGGGCGGGACGCGCCUUCGGAGCCGACUCCAAUACUCGGCCGGCGCAGCAGCGACCUCGAAGUUGAACAGACAGACGACAUUGCGCGAUCACUGUCGUCACAACCAGCGCCAUUGGCGCCAGACACCCAAGAGAAUGGUGUCAUUGGUCCUCUCCACGCCAAUGGAAACGGGAAGCAUCACCGUUAUCAUGUCAGAGACCAAGAGGCUCAACCAACCGAGUCCUCCCCACUGCUCGGUGACCGCGAGGACGAGGAGGAGACGGCGCCGGCAGCAGAGACAGCACAGGUAUUCCUGCUCCUCACGAACCCUGGGCGGUUCUGGUUGAUCUUCACCGUCAUUCUGAUCAACCUGUUCAUCAUGGCAUUCGACGGCACCAUCAUGGCCUCGUCCCACCCCGUCAUCACGUCCCACUUCCAUGCCGCCAACUCGGCUUCCUGGUUGUCGACAUCAUUCCUCCUGACCUCGACGGCUUUCCAACCGUUGUUUGGACGCUUGUCCGACGCUGUGGGCCGGAAGCCUCUCUUCGUGGCGUGUGCCGUCAUCUUCUUCCUGGCGACACUGUGGUGCGCACUCGCAGGGAGCAUCGAGAGCUUCAUCGCUGCGAGGGCCCUCUGUGGUCUCGCCGGUGGUGGUGGCGGCACCAUUGGCAGCAUCAUGACGAGUGAUUUGGUGCCCAUUGAACGCCGAGGUUCCUAUCAGGCUUACAUCAAUGUCACCGCCGGCGUUGGGGGUGCUCUCGGCGCUGCGCUGGGCGGCUGGCUAGCCGAGUCCUUGGGUUGGCGAUGGGAAUUCGGCAUCCAGUUGCCCUUCCUCGCCUUUGUCACCACAGUCGCUCUGCUCGCCAUCCCGGCGGAUCUGGGGCUUCAGGAGGACCGCAAGAGCACCGCAUGGCAGCAGCUCAAGGACUUUGAUUUCCAGGGCUCGCUUCUGCUCACCAGCUGCAUCACAUUUCUGAUUCUGGGCGUCAACCUUGGCGGAAACAUCUUGCCCUGGACGCACCCGUUCGUCAUCGCCUCGCUCAUCGUCUUCGGCUUGACACUCCCCCUCUUCAUCUGGGCGGAGAGAUGGGCGACCAAGCCCAUUAUGCCUCUGCAGGUCCUCCUCACGGCGCCGCGCGCCAACCUGGUCUUCUCCAACUUUGUCGCCGCGCUGCUCAUGAACGCGCUGACGUUCAACCUGCCCCUGUUCUUCCAGGCUGUCCUGCUCUCCAGCGCCACGGACUCGGGUCUCCGGCUCGUCAUGCCGUCCAUUGUCGCCUCCGUCUUCGGCGCCUUCACCGGGUUCGCCAUCACUUGGACGCGACGGCUCAAGUGGCCUCCGAUGCUCGGGUCGUCAUUCUUGCUUCUAGGAUGCGUCUCCCUCUCCCUCCUCCGACGCGACCUACCGGAGGUAGUCUACAACCUCGCUCUGGUGCCUUCUUCCGUCGGGCAGGGGUUCGCCUUCUCGGGGACGUUUAUGGCUCUACUCGCCUCAUCCCAGCAAAAGGAGCAGGCUGUCGUGACGAGCACUCUCAUCCUCUGGCGAAGCCUCGGUCUUGUCGUCGGCGUUGCGUACGCGUCGCUUGUCGUCCAGAAUGCGCUGCGCUACUAUCUCAACAUAUACGUAGACGACACUCCGGACAAGGCCGAGAUCAUCGAAAGGGUUAGAAAGUCCGUGGAGCUGGUGGCCAAGCUGGAGCAGCCGCUGAGGGACCAGGUCGUGAUGAGUUACGAGGCGGCCAUUCGGUUGACGUUCAUGACUUUGAGUAUUCUGGGCGCGGUCGCAGUGUUGAUGAUCAUCCCCAUCAAGCUGCCUCGUCUUCCCAAGAGAGAUUAA